UAUCUGAUAAAAAUGUCGGCUCUAGUUGGGAUUCAAAGAUAAAUGACUUAUGAUUGUACUGUUGUAGUUUCGUACGUUGUCACAUGGUUUGUACUAUUAAAAUAUAAUUGUUUGAGGUUUUUCUUUGUAUUGUAACUUGUUCUAAGUACUUACAACUUAAAUUAAUAUUUUCCAGUACUAGUUGUGUAUAUUUACCAGCAUAAUGGCUAGCUGUAAUAAAAAAAGUAAUACAUAUUGUUCUGUUUAUGGUUGCUCGACAUUUUAUAAUUCUGGUAGUGAUAUAAGUUUUCAUUCAUUACCAAAAGAAAAUACAAAUAAAAUAAAAUGGAUUAAUAAAAAUGGUACUUCACAAAUGAUUGAUCGUAGACAAGCUUGGAUUUUAAGACUUCGUAUGGAUACUGUUAGUUUAAAAAAAACUCAAAUCAAAAUAUGUUCUCAACAUUUUGUUAAAGAAGAUUUCAUAUUACCUGACUUUAAAGUAUCAAGAGCUAGACUGACACGGGAAGCAGUUCCAUCACAAAAUCUACCAAAGUUAUCAAUAACAUCUAAAUCUCCCUUAAAAAGGAAAUCGCCGAAAAAAAGAUUUCUGUCACCCAGUGCAGAUGAACUGGAGGUUGCUAAGACAUGUGAUUUUGAUUUAGUCAUUUAUCCACUACAUCUACACUCAGAGUCAAAUUUAACAGACAAGUCUAAUUAUGUAGAAGAUAACGUGAUUUCACAGGAAAUGGCUACUCAAAUUGUAACAGUCACGUCAGCUGAUGCUCAAGUACAAGUUACUAGUGGUGCUAUUUUUGUACCAUUUGUAUCUUUAAUUGACACAUCAAAAAAGUUAAAUACUAUGACAGGAAUCCCAACCUUUGAAAUACUUAAUCAGAUUAUUUAUUUAUUCUCAAAAGAGUAUCCAGAUACUAGAUGUCAUCGUUUGAGUAUUAAAGAAAGAUUAAUUUUAGUUUUUAUAAAACUUAAACAAGAUUUGUCAUUUGCUGUUUUAGCAAUCUUAUUUAAAGCCGUUUCAGGUGAAACAUGUAGGGCUUUGUACAAUUCAUUCAUUCCUUUAUUAGCAAAUAUAUUAAGACCCCUUAUAUAUUGGCCAAGUAAAACUGAGAUCAUAUCAAAUAACAUGCCCAGAUGUUUUAAAAAUUUCAUAGAAACAAGAGUUGUUCUUGAUUGUACAGAAAUAUCUGUACAAUCACCAAAAUGUCUUUCUUGUAGAAUAAAACUUUAUAGCAACUAUAAGGGAACAUAUACUUUUAAGUUUUUAGUGGGGAUAUCACCUGGUGGUCUUAUCACAUAUAUAAGUAAACCUUAUGGUGGAAGAGCGUCCGAUAAAAUAAUAUUUGAACAAAGUGGACUUGUUAAUAAAAUGUCCAAGUUUGAUGCUGUAAUGGUGGACAAAGGUUUUUUAAUAGAUACAAUUUGUGAUAGUCAAAGCAUUAAAGUAAUUAGGCCACCUUUUUUAAGAAAUAAAAAAAAAUUUACAAAAGAAGAAAGUUUACUUACAAAAAACAUUGCCAAAGCAAGAGUCCAUAUUGAGCGAAUUAAUCAAAGGUUAAAAACUUUCAAAAUUCUACAAAAUAAAUUUCCAUGGGCCCAUGCACAUUUGAUGGAUGAUAUUAUGACUAUAAUUGGGGGUAUAUGUAAUUUGUGUGUUCCCAUAUUUGGCGAAGAUAAAUUUAAUGAUGUUUAAUUUAACAAAUUUUUAUAAUUAUUUGUAUUAUUUUAAUUUGUUUAAUGUAAUAAUUUAAUACAUUAUUAUUAUUAUUAUUAGGAUUUUAUUUAUAUUACGUGUGCACUGUGCUUACAUAUUUAUAUUCAUAAAUAUAUUUACAAUUAAGUAAUCUAUGAAUCAUUAAAAUAACAAUUUUUGUAAUGAAUAAAAUAUGUAUUUAAAAUAAAAUUUAUUUUUUUAACAUA